AUGGAAGUGGCAGAGCAACUCACUUUGGAUACCUCGGACUUGGGCGACGCGGUUGAACAGCGCAUUCAAAGAAGAGGGAUGUCAUCUACGAUGAAAGAGGAUAUUGAACAUCCGCGAUUGGUCAACGUGGCCCCUUUACUUGGCCAACCUCCACAAAAGCCCCCAAUAGAUGUGGCGGAAUGUGCAUAUUUAUUAAUACAUGUGGCUCGGAUGGAUUUGCAAGCACGCGUGGCAUCUUCGGUCCUUCGUCGAGAACGGGAGCGAGCAGAUUUGAACAUCAACCAUGCGCAAGUACGAAUAAGAUUGAAUGAGCUUCUUCAGCACAUUUCUCAAGAAGAUAAAAAAUUGAGAGAUGCACAUUAUGAUGAGUUUCAGCGCGAGAAUCAGCAAGAAGAAGAAUAUGUGGAUUCUUAUUUCACAUUGUUCUAUAAUAGCACCCCGCACUAA